GGGGUGAGGGGGGUGGGGGGGGAGGAGAGUCACUGUGGAAAAUAGAAGGGGCCUCAGCAGUUCCCAGGGUCUGAAAUCUGGCUGGAAGGUGAACGGGAAGCAGGGAAGGGAGGAAUGAGGGGAGGGAAAGGAAGGGUUCCGGGCACAGACCCCGCCCCUGGCCCACGUGACAGGGGAAGCACUCAGAACCCCGAGGAGACUCAGCACAACUGGAAAAGGACGGCAGCUCACCCGCUUCAGGAGAGCAGUGCCUGUGAGCGUUUCUGAAGUGAAAGCUGUUCUCACAGAGGACGGGACAGAACAGACAGCAGACACCAUGGAGUCCCCUUCAGCCCCUGCACACAGAGGGUGCGUCCCCUGGCAGGGGCUCCUGCUGACCGCCUCACUCCUAACCCUCUGGAGCCUGCCCACCACUGCCCAGCUCACUAUUGAGUCAGUGCCGCCCAAUGCCGCCGAAGGGAAGGAUGUGCUUCUCCGUGUCCACAACCUGCCUGGGAAUCUAUUCGGCUAUUCCUGGAACAAAGGGGAAAUAGUGGACACCAGCCGUCAAAUCGUAUCAUAUGUAAUAGACACUCAAACAACUACCCUCGGGCCUGCACACAGUGGUAGAGAGACAAUAUACCCCAAUGGAUCCCUGCUGUUCCAGAACGUCACUCUGAACGACACAGGAGACUACACCCUACAAACCAUAGACAAAGCUGCUCAGAUCAACAAAGUAACCGGACAGCUCCGUGUAUUCCGUGAGUGAUUGCUCUCUGACCUC